UAAAAUACAGUUAUUAAAUUAGCGAAUUCAAUAAGUCAAAAACUAAGCCAAUGUGAUGUAGAGAAUAACCAACUCGUCAGUUCCAGUCUUGGUACAUCAUCAUUUUCAUAGCCUGAAAUUAUCUGAUGCUUAUCGCCAUUAAUCAUUUAUUGCUCACGCGCAACGAUCCAAACGAUCGAAGCCGUUCUGAGAAUACGAAGUUCUGACUCUGGACAAGCCGUUCGCAUCGACCCCAUCAGCUGCACCAACACACACGCUGCACUCAAACAAAGAAUUCCAUGGCGAUUAGCCGAAAGACUUUUUUCUUUGAAGAAAAGCAUCAAUAUCGUUCAAAUUGAUACUUGCCACUCGAUUGGAAGAGUGGGAUUGUAGGAACGCAACACAAAUUAUCAUUUUAUUUCAGCCUUCACUGAUACGCGAUUGAAUCACGAAUUGUUUUCAUACGCAAAAUUAGUGUUGCAUGAUGGCAGCCAAUCUUGCAGAUGGGGCUCUUAUAUUUCACACAGACGGAGUGGCGGAAGAAUACUACCACCACCGCCCCUCGCCCCCCGCUGCUCUGGUGGAGACCGUGGUCAACUGGUGGAAGAAAGGUGCAUCGAACGAAGGAGCUACUUUGCGUAGCGGUCGUGUCCUGGACGUUGGAUGUGGUACGGGCCAAAGUACGGUCCUCUUCAAAGACCUUAUGGCGACCGUGACCGGUGUAGACGUAAGCAAGGAGCAGGUGGACCGUGCCAAAAAACUCUACGGCUCAUCGGACGUUCUGAACUUCAUCGUGGGCAGCGCAGAAAGCCUGCCAUUCAGCGCCCAGAGUUUCGACCUGGUGACAGUUUGCGCCUCCAUUCACUGGUUCGACUUGGAACAAUUCUAUCAGCAGGUUGAUCGCGUGCUGUGCCCCGGAGGCGUGCUCGCCGUCUACUCCUACGUUGACGUCCACCCUCACCACUGCAGCAUAAAUCUCCGGCCCAUCACCAAAGAGUUCAGAGAUGCCUUGGGGUUCUUCAGUCGCCAUCACGAUCAUCUGGUGGCAGAAUUCCGAGACUUGCCGGGCCCCUACGCGGAGUGGAUACAUAUUGGGAGCGACGGAACGGAAACCCGCAGUUCGAUUGCAGAUGAAAAAAAAUCCUCUUCAUGCGGAACCAAAAGAAACACUGACGGAACAAGAAAUGACGGCGAGGACAAUAUAACCAUUAAUGAGCAUCAUAAAUUUGGAGUAAAUAAAUUGUCUAACAAGUGUGAGGUAGAGGCCGACAAAAGUGAGGAGACGAAACAUAAUUUUACGUUGGUGCAGCAAGGAGACUUGUCCAGUCUGCGCGGCUACUAUGCUUCGUUUGCUCCUCUCCUGCGCUACGCAGAGCAGCACGGCACCAACCAAGCUAAUGAAUUACUCGACGCUGCUAUGGUCAGAAUUUUGGAGGCGAUAGGGCGGAGUGACGACAAUCCUCCUCUGGAACUUCACUGGCCAUACUUCCUGAAAAUGUGGCGUAAGCCCUUCGAUGGACCAGCGCCCGAGCCAUCAAGUACCCACACCUCUGACGGACCAGCGCCCGAGCCAUCAAGUUCCCACACCUCUGACGGACCAGCGCCCAAGCCUUCAAGUGCCCACACCUCUGACGGACCAGCGCUCUAGCUAUCAAGUACCCACACCUCUGACGGACCAGCGCCCGUGCCAUCAAGUACUCAUACCUCUGACGGACCAGCGCCCGAGCCAUCAAGUACCCACACCUCUGACGGACCAGCGCCCGAGCCAUCAAGUACUCAUACCUCUGACGGACCAGCGCCCGAGCCAUCAAGUACCCACACCUUUGACGGACCAGCGCCCGAGCCAUCAAGUUCUCGUACCUGAAACCCUCUUGACGC